CCACCACCAGUAAACUGCGAGUCCUCCCCGCUGUCCCUCUCCCUCUCUCUCUCCAGACCACUAGGCUCUGCUCCGUCCCCCAAGGCAGUUUUGGUUUCGCCUCUCCGGCGAAGGCACCCGCCGCCGGACAGGACGGGAGGAGGAGCUCCUCCGAUCCAGCUCGACCGGAUUGGAUAGGGGUGGAUCGUCCCGCGCCGGGAGAUGUGUUGAGCUUGUUGUGUCCUCCUUGUCCGCUAGCACAAGCAAUGGGAGACCUUCCCGAUCUCGACCGCGCUCAGGCUGCCGGCGCGGGCCGGCGGGACAGGCUCGCGGCGCUGCUCGAGCUCGCCGCGGCGGACGACGUUGAUGGGAUGAAGGCCGCGCUCGAGGGAGCUGGCGAGGAGGCGGCCGAGCUGGCCGAUGACGUCGGGCUCUGGUAUGGCCGGAGCAAGGCGUACGAGCCGCGCACGCCGCUCAUGGUCGCGGCCACGUACGGCAGCGCGCGGGUCGUCUCGCUGCUGCUCGGCCGCGCCGGCUGGGUCGAUGUAGCUCGUCGGCCUGGCGGCGAUGGCUUCACCCCGCUUCACUGUGCCGCCUCCGGCGGCUCCUGCAACGCCGUCCAGGUCGUCAAGAUGCUGCUUGACGCCGGCGCGGACCCAGCUACUGCCGACUCCACCGGCCGCGUCCCGGCCGACGUCGUCCGGGCUCCUCCGGCUUCGGCAGACGCCCUGGGCGAUCUCGAGAUACUUCUUGGGCGCCGCCGGGCCCUCGCCGUCGCCACCUCGGCGGCUUCUGGCGCGUCGUCCCCGCCGCUUUCGUCCUCGCCAGACGACGAGGGCAACAGGUCGCCGUCGUCGCGCUCGUCGUCGCUCUCUCCCAUCACCGUGGAUCGCGCCAAGAAGGAGUACCCGGUGGAUCCGACGCUGCCGGACAUCAAGAGCAGCGUCUAUGCCUCGGACGAGUUCCGCAUGUUUGCUUUCAAGGUGCGUCCGUGCUCCCGUGCUUACUCGCAUGACUGGACCGAGUGCCCCUUCGUGCACCCCGGCGAAAACGCGCGCCGCCGUGACCCCCGCAAGCACCCCUACACUGCGGUGCCUUGCCCCAACUUCCGGCGCCCUGGUGGCUGCCCCAGUGGCGAUAACUGUGAGUUCUCCCAUGGCGUGUUCGAGAGCUGGCUGCACCCGACACAGUACCGCACCAGGCUCUGCAAGGAGGGAGCUGCUUGCGCCCGCCGCAUCUGCUUCUUCGCACACGAUGAAGAUGAGCUCCGCCAUGUGCCUCACAACAGUGGUGCGGGUCUGCUAUCACCCCGUGCAACUUCAUCAAUUGACAUGACUGCCGCUGCUGCACUUGGGCUUCUUCCUGGGUCUCCCAGGCACUUUGUGCCGCCUCCUGGAUCACCAUCUGCCGUGAACAAUGGCGGAGCUGCUUCUGCGCAUUGGCUUCAAGGUAGCAGGCUGCGUUCUUCUUUCAAUGCAAGAGACGCAACCGUUGAAGACCUUGGCUUGCUCCUCGAUUGGGAGUCACAGUACCUUGGGGCACUCUGCCUCCCUCCCAGCAGCCGUCCGCAGCCCCGGCUUUCUACCGGCCUUAGCAUCAGGCCUACAGCAAUUGCCCCCACCAGUCUUGAAGAUAUGUAUGCUUCAGAGAUGGCAAUGUCACCGAGGUUCACCAAUGAUCAAGGUCACUCAGCCUACUCACCAGCCCACAAAUCAGCCAUCCUUAACAAGCUUCAUCAGCAGAAGGGUCUCCUCUCGCCUGUCAACACCAACAGAAUGUACUCACCAAGGGCUCUUGACCCGGCAGCGCUUGUCCAUUCUCCAAUUGGCGGCAUGUCUCCUCGAUCCCCUCGGCUCAUGGAGCCAACAUCGCCCAUGAGUGCCCGUUUCGGAGCCACUGUCCCACAGCGUGAGAUGUAUGAGCAGUUCUCUAACCUGAACAAGCACCAGCUACCAUCCGUGGGUUCGCCGCGGAAUUCUAAUGCUGCUUCAUGGGGCAACGUGGGUUCUUCCCCAAUGGGUAAGGUUGACUGGGGUGUUGAUGGUGAGGAGCUGGAUCGGUUGAGAUGCCCUGAUCAACCAGGGUUUGCAGAGAAGGAGCCAGAUGCGCCAUGGGGGCGGUCACUGAACAGCAACAGGGGUGAAAUGCAGCUGGGCAUGUCGGGAGGCAUGGCUUCUGGAUCGGCAAACAGGCCUGACUGGAACAACCAGGCUGAUUUAUUGGAUCAGAUGGCCAUUGGUGCUUGGCUUGAGCAGCUGCAGACGGAUCAGAAGUGACUGAAAGAGGCGGCCAAGUCCCCAGUUGAUGAAACCAUCAUUUUGCAAGGUGGUUAUUUACCAAAGAAUAGUUGCUGGUCCUAGUAAAUAAUAAUUAUUCAUUUUUAUUCUUGAAUUUUUGGUGGCAAAGUCAGAGAUGGUGUUGAAACAAACAAAGCAUCCGGUCACAGAUUGGUAGCUGAAAGCAGUUAAGGAUAUUCAGUAAACAACCUCUUCAGUGUCCUAACUAGUAUUCUUUUGGUUAGUUCAGGCGGGUCUUGAAUACAAGAUUCCUCCAAAGAGACUAGAAUUGUCAAUUCUUGAUCAAAAUGAAUGAUUAUUUUGUGAUAACAUUGUC